ACAAGGAAAAAUAUUGUAGAGGAGUCAGUCACUGUCAUCUCUCAAGCCAGAGAGAGACCAAUCUUGCUCGGAAAAAAAAUCAGUCGCCGGCGAUCGAAAACGACGGCUCUCCGAACCCCUUUUUUUAAUCUCUUCUUCAAGCAAACACUUUCACAUCUCUCUCUCUCUGGGGGUGAUACUAUUUAUUAUGAUCGUCUGCUAGAGAUCACUAUCUCUCUCGAUAACAGAUGACCACCAUCUUCGUCUUCUCUCUUCGUUGAGUUUCUUUUUUAUUAUUAUUCAGUCAACUUGCGUCUCAAUCUCUGAUAAUUUCAAAUCUUUGAGAUUGUCUCUGAAAUUUUUGUUACUUCGUUUUUAGUAUCUGUUAACCAUUUACAGUUCUGAAGCUUUAAACAGAGAGAUUGCUAAAAAUGGUGGAUCCGGGACCAAUCACGCCGGGCCAGGUAUCUUUUCUGCUUGGAGUAAUCCCAAUUUUUGUUGGUUGGAUAUACUCAGAGCUACUUGAGUACAGGAAAUCUUGGGUUCCCUUAAAACCUCACUCAGAUAAUAAUCUGGUUGAAUUGGGAGACGUAGCAGAGAAGGACGAUGACAAAGCUGACUUGUUGGAGGGAGGUCUUUCCCGAUCGACAUCUUUACGGUUUCAUAAUUCAUCCAUCAGAACAAACAUCAUUAGGUUUUUGUGUAUGGAAGAUUCGUUUUUGCUGGAACACCGUGCAACGCUGAGAGCAAUGUCGGAGUUUGGAGCAAUUCUAAUCUAUUUCUACAUCUGUGACCGCACGGAAUUGCUUGGAGAUUCUACCAAGAAUUACAACCGCGACCUUUUCCUUUUUCUCUACGUUCUUCUCAUCAUAGUAUCAGCCAUGACAUCUCUCAGAAAGCACAAUGACAAGUCACCUAUAACUGGGAAAUCCAUUCUUUACCUUAAUCGCCACCAAACUGAAGAGUGGAAAGGAUGGAUGCAGGUUUUGUUCUUAAUGUAUCACUACUUUGCUGCGACUGAGUUAUACAACGCAAUCCGUAUCUUUAUUGCUGCUUAUGUUUGGAUGACUGGUUUUGGAAACUUCUCCUACUACUAUGUCAGAAAGGAUUUCUCUGUUGCACGUUUUGCACAGGUGAUACCACUCAUUCGACGAUGUUACAGUGAUCCUGCAAAGCCCGAUCUUCAUCGACUGCAUGAAUGGCACUUCAGAUCAGGCCUUGACCGCUACAUAUGGAUUGUCGGAAUGAUUUAUGCCUAUUAUCACCCAACUAGAGAUGGGAUGGAGAAGUUAGAGGAGUGUGAAACGAAGAAAAGACUAUCCAUAAAAACCGCUAUUGUUACUACUGCCGUGCUUGUUGGCUAUGUGUGGUAUGAAUGUAUCUACAAGCUGGACAAGACCAGUUACAACAUGUAUCAUCCAUACACAUCUUGGAUCCCCAUCACUGUUUACAUAUGCCUCCGGAAUUUCACCCACCAGCUUCGGAGUGUCUCAUUGACUCUCUUUGCAUGGCUCGGCAAGAUCACUUUAGAAACUUACAUUUCCCAGUUUCAUAUAUGGCUAAGAUCAAACAUGCCUGAUGGGCAACCAAAAUGGCUUCUCUCUAUUAUUCCGGGAUACCCUAUGCUGAACUUCAUGCUCACAACUGCGAUAUACGUCCUCGUAUCUCACCGUCUCUUUGAACUAACCAACACACUCAAGACGGUUUUUGUACCCACAAAAGACAACAAACGUCUCUUAUCUAACUUCAUAGCUGGGAUCGCCAUCGCUCUUCCUCUCUAUUGCUUCUCAUUCGUUCUUCUUCAGAUUCAUCGCUAAAAACCGCAGAAAGAAGUGUUUUUCUUUGUGAUAGAUUUGUGGAUCAUUUUCUUGUGCACAUGCAGCUUGAGAGGACGUCCGUUCAACAUAGGCAGAAACCACCAUCGCUCAACUACUUUGCUCUAUUGCUAUACGAAAUCGAAGUGAUUGUUUUCGAUAUAAUAUUUCAGAAAUGUGUUGCUUUGUAUAAAACUAGGUGUUUCCGACGCAACGUGGGUUAUGGUGUAGUUGACACUUUCUUGUUUUUUUUUUUGUCUUUUUCGUUUUUUUUUGUAUUAGUUCGUUU